AUGCAUUGGCAAUUCGGUAAUGUUUCUUCUCUUAGAUUUCCCCUAUCUGACCUGAUCAUCGUAAUUCAAAUUCAACAUCCCAAUCGAACGAAGCUGCUUCGUUGAUAAAACGUAGGAAAUGAUAAAUCGUCGAGCCUAAUCCUAAUCAAUGUAUCACAGGCGGGAAUCUCGAACCUGUGCAAAUGAUCUGCGAAGUUGACUGGAAGGAAUGUCCAAAAGCAAUAGCAAAUUACAUUUGGAGAGAGGUCGUGAUCGACGUGAUCGACAGCUUGAGGAACGAAAGCAUAGUCUGGCGGGUACUGGCCGUAAUAUCUGUAUGCGUCAUACUACUACGUAUAACAUGUUUCAAAGCAAAACGUAGCAACGAUAUUGAUAAAGAGAUCUUUAAUAAAGUCGGAUACAAAGUGGAAGAUCUUGAGCUGAAAGUUAAUAUAUUAACGUAUAAACUGCAGUAUGGUGCUUGGCCUUUGCCCCAUCAAGUUCAGAAGUCAAAUUUUAGGAGGAACCUGAGGAACCUCAGGCUAACACUGUCGAAUCCAAAUGAUCGCAAUAACUGGAUAAAACAUGUGUUGCUAAGUCCUAGGCACAAGGAAUCGUACUUCUCGUAUUCAAAGUAUUACCCUUCGGAACAUCAUCUGACCGAAUUGUUCGAUGCAAAGAAAAAAAGUAUGUACCCUUAUCUCCGUCAAGAAAGCAUGCCACCAGUCGAGUACAGCAGUAAAUCUUCAAAAAGUAGCAGCGACAUAUCUUUAAAACUAAAUUCCAUGUUCAAAAAUGUGAUCGAUCGAAAGCAUCACGAAGCAUUGAGAAACAAAAAUUUCCAAAUGCAAUAUCGAAACGCGAUAUCGGUCCCACUAUUUUUGAAAAGAGGGUACACCAAGUCUGGGAAAAAAUCAAGGAGAGACACGAAGAACAAUGAAACUGUAAAAAUGACCGCAGCCUGUAAGAAAUUCACGAAAACUAUGGACGAUUGUAAAAUAUAUCUGAAACAAUUGCACGAUAGCAAUAAAAAUCUUGGAUUGAUCUACAGCACGUCCGACAUUAGCAAUGAGUCCUCGACUAAAAAUUUAUGGUCAGAUACCCAAAAUUACAGAUUUAAUGAUUCGAUUACUUUAUAUUAUAAAUUACAGCAACAGAAAUGUGUCCCAGUAAAAGAUUCAAUUGAUCUAAGUAAAAGUCUGGAAAAAAGUAAAGAGAACGAAUGUGAGAAAGAGGAAAAUAAAGAGGAGGAGAAGCUUGAAAAAAUUGAUGGAAAGCAACGCAACAGCGAACAAUGUUUGGAAUUAUCGAAUGUGAUUUAUCCAGUUCUACAAUUGAUUGACAAGAGUUUACUGCCGCCAAAAAUGAAUAUAUCAUUUUGCACUGAUAUGUUUCCUCAGCAAUUGACCUCAAAGAUGUUGGUUGUUCCAAGAUCGUCUGAACGAAAGAGAAACAUGAAAACGUCUCAGGAGGCCUUGUACCAAGUGAAAAAAAAAUUAGAAAGCUUGCAUAAUGUUCUGCGUAUGUACGAGUUGCAAAACGUUGAAAUAAAAGCAACGGAAAAACAACGAGAAAAUAGCAGCAAAAUAGACAGCGUUUGCCAAGAUGUGACGGGCACGCUUGUCCCAGUUACAAAAGCCGCUGAUAAUUGGAACGGUAACAAAAAUAUCAAAGUGGAAUCUAACGACAACACUGAAAACAACAACGGCAAGGAAAUUCAACGAACAACCUCCAACAGCUCUGAACAGCAUGAAAGCGAUGAAACAGCCAGAAGUUCCAUAGUGUCCAUUCAGAAUUAUUCAAAUAUGUUUAACGCAUAUCAUGUAAAUAAUAUAAAUGAUCCUUAUCGUUUGCUUGCAGAAAACCCUGAGCCAAAGAUAUCACCUACAAAUGAUCAGCAAUUACAGAUAAUUCCAAAUAAUCAGAUGCAUUAUUCUUCUAGUAUUAAGUAUGAGAAAAUACCUGAGAGAGUGUAUUACGCUAUAUCAUCUGACUCAUCCGAGGGAAAGGAAGUUGUAAAGGAAACAGUAGCAGCAGAAAAUCUUACAUUACCAGAUGCAUACAUUAACAAUAAUCAAGCAAAGCCAUUUAAUCUCUCCGAUCAAUAUCCAGUUCCAAUGGAAACCGAUGAGGAUGCAAUAAUAUCGCUAAACUCCAGUCGUACAGAAAUAUCAAAGGACAGUGAAUUGGAUGACAAGUCGACAGCAUUAUUACUUCAGGAAGCGUUGCAAUUCAAAAGGGCGUUAUUAACACGCGUUGAACUAGAAAAGAUAUGUUAUAUAGAUGACAAAAAAGAAGAAACGAAUAAUGAAUCCGUGUCAUGUCAGGAUAAAUAUCCUUGCGUUAACAAUAAUCUGCAAUCAAAAUUUUUAGACAUUAUAUCAGAGGAACAAUCUGUUAGUAGUUCCACUGAAAAAAAUAGUAGAACUUAUAUGUUUCUGAAUUUGAAACAAGACAAACAAUUCAACAAUGAUGCAUUAAAGCUUGCUCGAGGAAAUGAAAUUAUAGACUUGGAUACACACAAAAAAUAUUUAGACUCAAAGGACAAUCUUGGUGCACCUUCUGAGUAUUUUAGCUUUAACAAUAUGAUUCAGGAAGGAAGUGAAAUUAAAAAUAACCGGCUAUCUUUACCAAAGCGUUUUCAAGAAAACGAGGGAAAAAUAGUUCCAAAUAAUUCACAAUUAAAAUAUUUAAAUGACACGUUAAAACCGAAUAUACUGAAUGAUGGGAAAUACGAUGAAAGAUAUGAAAAUCAAGAAACUUUAUCGUGCAAUUCAAAUUUAACUUUGAAAAGAAAUCCUGGUGCGUGUUCGCUAAUCGAACAGACAUUGCUACACGAGAACAUAAAUAAAACACUAGAAAUGCAUGGUGUAAUUGAAAAUGGGGAUCCGAUGUACGAAUUAACAGCCAGUGAGAGUAAAGAGACUUCAGUUGAAACGAAUUUAAUACAGGAUUCGUUAACAUCCAGCAUAAAUCAGUCCAAUGAUUCAAAUAUCCCGGAACCACCAUCUAUAACAGUACUAAUCAAUAAGUCAUUAGAUGAAGGAAAAUUAGAAUUAGAUUGGCUGAACGUCAAUAAUGAUUUCAGCGAUAAUGAAGAAUUUAAUGGAAAAGAUGUAAAAACGUGUUCAACAAACACAAUUACCCUUCAAAAAUAUGAUACUGCAAAUGUGAUUAACCAUAAUAAAAUUGAAAUUAAUUACAGUGAACAUGGUCAAUUUCAGGAUAAGGAGAUUGAUUCGAUUACACAAAAUUCAUUUACAAACCUGACUAAAAAGGAAUUGGUAAACGAGAUGGACUUUUAUAAAUCUUAUUCCAACCUCGUCUCUCCACAUAGCAGUAUAUAUUUUACAGAUGAAGCUUCAAGUUCUACUACAAAAUUAAAUAAUACAUACUCAAAAAAUCUUAAAGGCCACGCACACUCUAAUCUUUAUACACAAAACAAGGAAAAUAAAUUACACAGCAAACAUGAAAAUUUGAAAGAUACUAAUAAACUGAAAGUCAUGACCACUAAUAAAUCUUUUGUCAAAAUUUCAAACGAAAAUUCGUCAGAACCUAAGAAUAAAAUAUACAGCAAACAUCAUUCGUUUUCUUCUAAAACAAAAGAUUUAAAUGAAGAGAAGGAUUCGAUUGAUGAAACAUUGUUCAAUUUGACUGCAAACGAUAUGCAAACGUUACAAGUGGAAGAAACUAUUACCUCAUUAAAUUUAUCUCCACGUCAAAUUUCUCCAGGGGAAACGAUAGAAGUUAAAACUUUGAAAACGAAAUCGAGAAGCCACGAAAACUAUACUUCAAAGUCCGAAAAAUUGAAGAGAGCUGGAGCUUCAGGAAACUUAAAAGAUUUAAGAUCCGAUUUGUUGAACACUGCUCAAACCAAAGCAGAAGAUAAUGCAAGUAUAAAAUAUCGAAAAUUAAGAGAUUUAUCUGCAGAACCUAGACGCAGCACAGGAGACAGUAUUACAUUGGAUAGAAAACGAUCCCGAUCGCAAAUAAGUUUUCGAACGAACGAGUCGCCGAGAGAAAUUACACCGCGAUCACAUGAAUGCCCAAGCAAUACAAAUUCUAUAAAUUAUACUGAAUCGUUGGAAACUAAGUUAAGAUCAAAAGAUCCCCUGAAAUCUUUAUCGCCAACGCCAAAAACGUCUUCAAGAUCUUGCAUACCGAUUUUGAAAAGUAGAUUGGAAGCAGCUCGGAAGACUGAAAAUGAAUCACGACCUAAGAGUCCGAUGAGAGGGCCGCUAACGAUGACUAUGUUCUGGAGGGAUAAUCUGUGUGACAAAAGUCAAAAUGAGAUGGACGAAAUUCAGGUAGAAGGUAAAUCAAGAAAUAAAGACCCAUGUGCAGAAGAAAUAGAGACCUGUAUAGAAAAGGCAAACGAUGCUGGUAAUCAUAAACAAGACUCGAUAAAAGUAUCGCACAUUGUACAAAGUAUAAGUGAAAAUGCCGACAUUACUCCUCAAAAACAAAUGGUAAUAUAUGUUAACAUAUUCACAAAACACGACAACAAUAUGACAAAAAUAGUGGAUCCAAAUAAAUUUCUGGAAUAUAUUAAAAAUAGGAAAUUAAGUGUGCAACAGCCAGAAGAAAAUCAAACUAACAAAAAACACAAUGAACUUCAAGGAUUCUGUUCAAAGAAUGAGAAGGAUACGGUGCAUAAAAUUGUUACGGUCAUUUCUUCCAUUAUAAAUUGUAAUGAGUUAGAUCAAACUACGUCAACUAAUUUGUCAGCACCGAAAACGCAAAAGGACUCGUUGUCGAGUAUCUUAUUAAAUGGUAAAUUAAAAAAUUUAUGUUUUUUAUCCGUCGAGCAAAAAGAAGUCGAUGUAACUGCUAAACCGUCUGUUAUCGAUACAAGCACAUCUAUAUCGGAUCUGGAUAAUGUUUCAAAAGCAUCGAGAAACGCAAUAAACAAAUUUCAAAUAUGUGGAACACCUAAAGAAUUAAAUAACGAAGAAUACAUAAUGUUAUUAGAAAUUCUUCAGCAAGAACCGAAUUUUAUAUAUCUACAAGAAUUGCAAAAUGUCUGUAAGAAGCUUGUAUCGAAACAUUAA